ACUUUUUUAUUAUAUUGAAAGAGGACGCAGCUUUUACAGACUUUCUUAAACGCUUUCCAUGUCUGAUUUCUUUGGAAGUUUUAGAAAAAAGAAAAACUAUGGACAUUCUUCUGCAACUUCCCCAAGGUCCUCUAUCGAUGGACUAUCCAGACGGAGUCAAGGACCGUAUGAAGGAAUAAGUGAAGAGAACAUGCCUAGUUCUGAUGAUCAAAUUGAAGAAAUGUUUGAUCAGAUGCUUGCACGUAGAGGUCUCGAUGAAGACAAGAGAAAACCUUUAAAGUCACAACUGGAUGUCAAAACUAAAUGGGCCAUGAUAGUUCAAGAUCGUAAAGCAGAAUUAACUGUUUCGGGAAGAAGACCAAAUACAAUUGAGGGUCAAGAUGAGCCAGCACCACUUAUUCAUGUCUUGUCUGAUUUAGCGGGCGAGAUGUGGUCAGCCACAAAGGAUUCAACAGCUCGAGUGGUAGAGCGGCAUUCCAACAGAUACAGCCAUUUAGGUCCUCAACCUUCAAUAUCUUCCUCAACACACGUUCACUCAACUUCACCGGAUGGAAUAUCUUUAACCGAUCGAAACACUCCCGAGUUUUAUAUCAGAAAGUUUAUGGAAGCUGACCUUAGAGCCGUAACACCAGCACUUGCCAAUAAUUUGGAAGUUAGCUUAAGAACACGCCCUGUAGACUGGGUUUUGAAGUUCAUAGAGCUUAAAGGUCUCCGUGUGCUUUCCAAUGGAUUGUCUUUUCUGAAUAAGCAACCGGAAAGAAAAGGGCGAAUAUUGGAACUAGAGAUUGAACUUGUAAAAUGUAUCAAAGUGUUGGUGAACGCCAGAUGGGGUGCGCGUGAUGCCAUCUUAAACCCAGAAUACAUUCAUUCGUUUGUAUUAUCUAUCGUCUGUCCGCAAUGGCAAACAAGGAAGAUUGUUAGUGAUAUCCUUUUGUUUUUAUGUCACUGUGAUGUUCCUUUGGGUCAUAAGCAUGUUAUGCAAGGUUUUGAGUUGCUACGUCAGCACAAGAAUGAUAUUGGUAUUUUUGAUUCCUGGCUUAAGGAUUUCGAAAACACUUUGGACGGUAAACGUAAAAUCAGUAGAAGUGGCUCAGUUGACGAUUAUCAAAAGUUGGGUGUCUACGUACCUCCAGAUAACCAUAUUGUUGAUUAUGCGUUAUCCAACCUUGGUCUUAUCAAUUCAUUAGUCUAUAUACCAACCGAGGUUACUGAACGCGUCUACCUUCGCAGCCAGUUCAAAGCUUCUGGCUUAGAUCGCAUUUUUAGCAAAUUGGAGCGACUUGAUGAUCCAGCAGUAUACGAUCAAAUAGAAAAGUAUCGUAGAAGAGCAGAUAGUGACUUGGAAGAGGCUUUUGGUGAUGAGAUAUCAAUGUACAGUGAAGUCUCUCAGCCGACUGAGUUACUGGAGCUUAUACUCGAUAAUAUUGCUGAUGCUCCAAAUGCUCUUCAUUAUUUACUUCAAACAUUUAGAAGUAUGCUCUUGAUUAAAGGUGAUGCGGAUAGAAAGACACAUUACCAUCAAGCCAUUAGUGAAAUUGUGUCAAAUAUUGUUAUGGAUCGCAGAGAUACUGUAACAGUUGAGGAACUUGGAGCAUCGGCGUUUGGCAUUUCCGUUAAUAAUAUGAUUGGAAAAUUCAAUGAACUCGAUCGACUACAGGAGAUAGCAAGGUCGGCAGAAGAGGAUAAAGAGACAGCGAUACGAUUAACGGCAGAAAAUAAAGAACUUCGACAGCAAAUUGAGGACUUGAAAGCCGAGAAGCCUCCUGCUGUUAAACUUCAUGAUACAAGAAAUUAUAAAAUGGAAAAUGUUGCUAUACGUACUUUAUUACAGCAGUCUAAUAAGACGAUUGCCAUGCUUCAAGAAAAACUUCGUGAAAAGACUGAACAGCUCGAAAGUUAUGAAUACGGAAGUCAGGCCUCUGACACAUCAUCACAGACUACUGCACCUAUUGUUGUAGGGGAUCAAUGGAAAUGGGCUGGUAGAAGAGGUGAUUCAAUUACGCCCCUGGAUCCUGUAUCUCCACAAAUACCAUUAAGAGGUGCACAGGUGCCACACCCACCAUAUGCCCAGAAUAACAUUCUAUCAUCUCCUGGGCCUGGAGGAUUUGUCAUACCUGGUACGGUUCCUUCACAUCCCACCAAAGAUCAACAGUAUACCGUAACCGAGCAAGGCACAGCAUCAGAUGUUCCGAGCUCACCAAUGCCUUCUCAGCACAAGACACCAGACAAAAAUGAAUUUGACAGCAAAGCGCAGGCCGCAUAUGCUGAAUCACCAGAACCACAAGCUGCUAGUGAUGCACAAGCAACUUCUGAAACUGAUUCAGUACCUCCGCCUCCCCCGCCACCCCCUAUGCCACCCAUAGCAUCCAUGUCUACUGAAUCGCCUAUUCCUCCUCCCCCGCCACCACCAGGAACGGCUGGUAUUCCACCCCCACCACCACGUAGGUUGAUUAUUAAGAAGCAAUAUCCUUUAAAUAUUAAAUGUUGUGCUUUAGCGCCUGGAUCUACUGGCAUUCCUGCACCGCCACCGCCACCACCACCUCCUCCUGGCUCUGGUAUACUCCCUCCCCCUCCGCCACCACCUGGAGGACCAGGCAUCCCUCCUCCUCCUCCUCCACCACCUGGAGGACCAGGUAUUCCUCCUCCUCCUCCACCCCCUGGUGCACCAAAGGGACCUAUGCUACCAGCUGUUCCCAAAGGACCUGCGCGUAAAGAGCUUCGUCACUAUCCACAAAUCAAGCUCAAAAACUUGCAGUGGCAGAAGUUGGAUGCUCGUAGCGUCGACAAGACAGUUUGGACAUUAAGUGAUGUAGACGAAAGCCAGAUUGAGGAUGAUUUGGAUAAAUACGGUGUGUUUGAAAGGAUCGAGACGUUAUUCCCAGCUAAGGCAAACAACUUUUUUGAAAAGAGAAUGAAGGCAAAGGUGGAAGAAAAGAAGGAUGCUGUCAAGUUCUUGUCCAAAGAGAAGAGCAGAAAUAUCAACCUGGCUGUUUUGCCCAAGUGCAAAGCAUUUGAUACGUUUGUUGAUGUCCGUAAGAGUAUCAUGGGAGUAGAUGAUGAUCUCUGUACAGAAACUUUCCUUGGUAAUCUUAUUAGUUACCUACCUACAAAAGAUGACAAAUUGGAUGUGAUGAAGAAAUAUCUGGAAGGACCGCCUGAAGCAUGUGAAGAAUUGGAUACUCCUGAACAGUUUACAGUUGAGAUGCAUAGGAUGUAUAGAUAUGAACAGCGUAUACAGUUUAUGCUAUUCAGAGUUCAAUUCUGGGAAAGAUUUGAUCAGUUGGAGAAGAAUAUGGCAAUAGUGAUAGAAAUUUCUGAUGCUUUGAAGAAUUCAAAGAGCCUCAAAAGCUUACUUUGUCUUAUCCUUGUUAUUGGUAAUUACAUGAAUGCACAAAGUCUUCAAGGUGGUGCGUUUGGUAUGCGUAUUUCAAGUAUCAAUAAGUUGGUGGACACUAAAGCAUCAAAUACAUCAUCGUUAAACUUAUUACAUGUGGUCACUGGCGUGGUUAGACGCCAGUUCCCUCAUCUAUUGGAGUUUCUGAUAGACUUGAAGUCUAUUGAUCAAGCGGCUAGAAUCAUGGCUAGUUUGAAUGAUAUGGUUCAACAGUAUACAGAAAUGAGAAAAGGAUUAAAGGACCUUGAUCUCGAAUUGAAAACAAGGUGGCAGCCUGAAGACGUAGAGCUAGAAGAAGAUGAUAAGUUCCGUAAUAUCAUGACAAAGCAUUACGAGGAUGCUUCGACUCGCUUCCAAGAUCUUGAAGCACUCUAUGUGAAUAUGGAUGCUAAAUGGAAAGACGUGAUGACUUACUAUGGUGAAAAUCCUAAAGUGAUGAGACCGGAUGACUUUUUUUCAACUUUUUCUCGGUUUGUAGCAUCUUGGAAGGAAGCAUCUGCUGCAGAAGAAAAGAUGGCACAAAGACAAGAGCGCGAAGAGAAGAAAAGGCGCGAGGAAGAAGAAAGAAAGGAGCGUAUGAGACUAAAGAAAGAAAAGGCAGAAGCAGCUCUUAAAGAAAAGAGAGGCCCGAUUGAAGGAAUUGAUACAAGCGGCGAAGGAGAAAAUGAUAGAUGUAUGAUGGACAGCUUGUUGGAUAAAUUAAGAACUGGAGAUGUGGAAGUACGCACUACUAGAAGACGUAGCAGAAAGCAAAGAGAAGAACAAGAUAGCAGUGAAGCUAGUAGUGUGUCCGCUGCAGAUUUAUUAAAGAACUUGGAAUCAGUGUAGAUUCCCAAUUUUGAUGUCAGUAAUCUAUUGUAAACCCUAAUAUCAAUAAAAAAUAGCAGAUACCACACUAGUCACAUGAUUUGAUUGCCUUU